GCUGCGAAUCUUGAACGUCAUGGAGUCCUGUCACAACCUUGCUCUUGAAUCUUGCUGCUCCCCGCGACUCAAUUUUAGCGACGAUAGAGAUAUUUUGCGCCCAUACACGAAGCGCAUUUCACAGUGAAGUUCACCACUCACGAAUAAGACAUAUCAGAAUGGGAGAUCAACGCCACCACAUGGAGCACCGGCCGGUGCAAACCAGCGCAGUGUUUGUCCUCGGCGCAAACCACUGCGACUCAAUGCCGCCUCCCUCGCCUCCUUCACCACCAGUCUCACCCCCAGAAGAUGACUUUUUGGAGGAAUUGGAAGAACUCAGCCUUGGAUCGCCCGACGACCUCCCCGAAAACGAUGACAUCUCUGCCAAAAUCCAGGACAGACUUCACGCCGCGACACACGUUCUCAAGACAGAAGCCGCAGCACUUCGGUCAGUCGCAAACUUAUACGAGACAGACCCCGUCGCCCGGGACGGCUUCAACAGAACAGUUGCGGCAAUCACACGGCACAAGGGUGAGAAGGGGAAGCUCAUCAUCACCGGUGUUGGAAAGUCCGGUCACAUUGCGAACAAGCUCGUUGCUACUUUCAACAGCCUUUCACUCACAUCCGUGUUCCUGAACCCAAUUGAUGCUCUCCAUGGCGAUUUGGGCAUUAUCCAGAAGCACGAUAUUCUUCUCUUCAUCACAUUCUCCGGAAAGACUUCCGAACUUUUCAGCCUAUUACCACACUUGGAGAAGCCGUCAUCAUUAGUCAUCCUCACCGGACAUACGAGACCUGACACGUGCGAGCUUAUCAAACUCCGACCGGAUACGAUUCUUCUUCCAGCACCAGUCCACGAAAGUGAGACAUCGUCGUUUGGUGUCUCGGCUCCGACAACGUCCACAACGGUUGCCUUGGCCGUCGGCGACGCGCUUGCCAUUGCCGCCGCGCAGGAGCUGCACCCGAGCGUCGCGCAGGUGUUUUCCAAGAACCAUCCGGGGGGUGCGAUCGGCGCCGCGUUCCGGAAACCUCAGACAAUCCUGGACUUGGCCAUUCCCUGGGUCGACAUUGAUGACUCGGAACAUCUCUGUGCGGACACCAGCGUCGGCGCGGACCUCUUCCGGGCCGCGUACGACUCGCCGUCGGGCUGGGUCCGGGUUGGGAAUGAUGUCGCAUCGCCGAGUCGCAUCAGAAAGUUGGCAACGAUGGACUUUGCACGUUGUCUCAGAGACAUCCCCCAGCUGAUGGUGCCGAGGGCGGAGAUGCUGUCCAUCUCCUCCGGGACGACGAUACGUCGUGCCGUGGACUUUGUGAGAAGUAUGCAAGGUGCCGCGGAUGACGGCGAGUACGUCUGCACCUCGGAUUCCCUCUUGGCCGUUUUGGAUCAGGGCGAUAUGGUUGGCGUUUUGGAAGCUGGCAAGCUUUUGGAGUGGAAGGAUUGAGAGGCGUCAUUUGGAAUUUACUAUGUUUGAAAUUUACUGUAAGGCAUCUCGCAUGCCCAUUGGAACGGCAUGUACGGAUCGGAUGCGGAACUUGUCCUCGUUCACAUUUGCCCUUGCUGGAGGUAUGCGGGCGGAGCGUUCAUUUGAUCGGGAAUCAUCUGGGAGAAUAAUUGUCUAGCCUCUUGAAGUUGGCUUUACGACACUGUCUUUAGACACGGGGAAACUGGAUCAGGGCCAAAAUUGAGUCCGCUGAGUGGCAUGGCGAAUAUGCCCAAUCUUUUGUGUUCCAAACCUGUCAUGGUGAAAUGUGUUGUAACGUGUUCAUGAUACUGCCCA